UGAAGGACAUUUUCAGAGAUCAUAGAAAGGCUUUCACUUGUUAAUAUGAACUCUGCACUUUAAAUGUAACUCACUCUUCAUCUAGUGAGUAAAUAAGCCAACAUGUUUACACAUAGUAGGUGUGUUUAUGAGGGGCAUAAAUUUGUAACUGCUCACUAUCUUAUUUCUUUGCUUCUCCUCAGGUCAGUACAAUGCUCUCAGAGGGUGAGCUCAAGGACUUGACCAAUGGCCAGUCCCUCUAUCGUGUGCUGCAACCUUGGUGGGAUGUGUUCUGUCACUAUCUCUCGAUCAUGAUGCUCAUGAUGGCCACACUGGGGUGCACUCUUCAGGUCACUCUCCGUAGAUUCAUAUGUGUAACCUGUCAGAUGACCUCAGACGGCAUCUGUGAAAAUGCGUAUAAUUCCAAACAAACAUUUACUACAUUUAAUUCCAGCAUUCCCAAGUUUUAUAUCCCACCAUCCCCCCCUGGGGUCUUCAGGCUCGACCUACAGCAGUAUUCCUACAUAGAUGCAGUGUGUUACGAACAUCAGCUCCACUGGUUUGCUAAGUUCUUUCCUUAUGUGGUCAUGCUCCAGACCCUGGUCCUAGUGAUAAUCAGCAACUUCUGGUUCAAGUACCCCAGCACUAGCGCCAGACUCAUGCACUUUGUCUCAAUCCUCCACAAGUGUUGUGACUCACCAUGGACCACGCGUGCACUCUCUGAGACUGUGGUGGAGCAGGGUGGGGGUGCCCAGCCCUCUGCAAGUAUAAUCGAGCCUGUGGAGAAGGUGUCCACCACCAGUGAAGACAGGAAGCCUAUUGGGAUGGAGCCGAUCAGUGUUCUAGACAAAAAAGAAGGAGAGCAGGCUAAAGCCAUAUUUGAGAAGGUCAAGAAGUUGAAGGUACAUGUUGAAGACACAGACAUUAUUUACCACCUUUACAUGAAGCAGAUUGUUGCGAAAAUGGUGGUUCUGGCAGUGUGGCUGGUAUACAUUCCUCGCGCUGCCUCAUACUUCACAUUUGAGGUGGACUGUACAGUGGACCUGAGAGCAGUUAUACCCUAUCAUAUGUUCCGUUGUGUUCACUCACUAGCUACCAUUUUCUGGCUACUUUCCCUAGUCUACACAAUGAUGAUAAUUUUGUACAGUCUGGCAUGCUUCUACAGCUUCUGGUGGAUGAUCCGGAAUUCACUGCGCCACUACUCAUUCGAUUCGGUACGGGAAGAGAGCAUCUACAGUGAUAUCCCUGAUGUUAAGAAUGACUUUGCAUUCAUUCUCCAUCUGCUUGACCAGUACAACCCCCUCUUCUCCAAAAGGUUCUCUGUCUUCCUGUCUGAGGUUAGUGAGAAAAAGCUGAGGCAGCUAAACCUGAACAACUUAUGGCCCCUAGAGAAGCUGCACCAGAAAGUGGUGAGGAACACAAAGGACCAGUUGGAGCUCCACCUCAUGCUGCUCAGUGGAAUCCCGGAUGCUGUAUUUGAGCUCCACGACUUGGAGGUGCUGAAGCUGCAACUGAUCCCAGAGGCUAGGUUCCCCAAGAAACUCACCCAGCUGACUUAUCUGACAGAGCUCUGGUUAGACCAUACCACAGCCACCGUAGAUUCUAUGGCCCUCUCCUUCCUCUCACAGAACCUGAAGAUCUUGAAACUAAAGUUCACUGAAGUUCAGAAAGCACCAACCUGGAUCUUAAACCUGUGGAACUUGGCAGAACUCUACCUCUAUGGUAAUCUGUUCUCAGAAGAGAACUCAGCCUUUGUGAACAGCCUCCCAAAGCUGAAGAAUUUAAAGGUUCUCUUCCUCAAAUGCAGCGUCUCGAUGAUGCCCAAGGUGAUCGCAGGCUCACUGACCUCACUGCAAACACUUAUCGUGGACAAUGAGGGCACACAGCUCUCGGCCCUUCAGAGUUUAAAAACAAUGCAGAACCUAACCUGCCUAAAGCUCAUUCACUGCGACCUUCAGCGCAUUCCGAGCUCCAUCUUUAGCCUAACCAACCUUCAGGAGAUAGAUCUGGAGGGAAACGACCUCAAAACUAUAGAAGAGGUUCUGAGUUUCCAGCACCUUCCCAGGCUUUUUACACUUAAGAUGAAGCACAACAGCAUCACUUACAUCCCCGUGCACAUUGGCGUUUUGGAAUCGUUGGAGCAACUGCACCUCGGUCACAAUCACGUCAAAACCAUCCCCUCUCAGCUGUUCUUGUGCACAAGAUUGUAUUAUCUAGACCUAAGUCACAACUCCCUGACUGUCAUUCCCCAUGGAAUAGAGGACCUGAAGAGACUGCAGUAUCUGAACAUCUCCAACAACAAUAUUGAUGUUAUACCAGAAGAAAUGUUUCACUGCAGAACGCUUCUAUCUCUUUUGCUGGACCACAACAGUCUAUCCAUUAUUCCAUCACAGGUGAGUGAGCUCACCAACUUAUCCCUGUUAGAUCUACGGGGAAACCAGCUGGAAAGCCUACCUGCUGAGCUGGAGGACUGCCUGUGUCUCCGGCCUGGGGGACUCCUGGUUGAGGAGGGCCUGUUUAACUCCCUGCCUCCCAGCAUGAAGGAAGGUUUCCAGAGGCCUGAAAAGGAGCACUCCCUCAAGGCUUCUGAAUCCGAUGUAGGUGUCAACGCCAACUGUAACUUGGUUAUCUGUAACACAGGACAUGGAGACAGUGGACUGACAUACUCUGUGUGAUAGGUCUGAAGAAGAUCUGGUUUGUAAGCAAUAUGUUUCUGUGUGUUGGUUAAUGAAUACAUUCAAUGACUGUUGUAUGUAAUUGUUCAAUUCAAAUCAUUAAAACCAGGAUUAAGAAGUGGUGUGGAAUGAGUGAAAAAGAGGUGCAAAAGUUUGAAAUGGACAUAGGUGCCAUUCUAGAUAUUAUCAAGAAUUAUUUUAACCCAGUUGGUCGGAAUUGAUUCUAUUAUUUUGACUCAAGGUAUUUAACCUUAAUCAUAUGAAUGAUAUACCUAAAGUU